CCUCUCUGCCUGUGCCAUUCUUCACCUCCUCACAGCCUUUAGUGUCUGGGUCCAGCUCUGGAUCCCCACCCUGCAAAAGGGCUAGAAAAUGCCUCGUUGCUCAUGGAAAGCAGGAUCUCGAGGAAGUCAUCAGUGGGAGUGUGAAUGAGGAUUUCACAAUCUGUUCCCCAAGGAAGAGAGCUAGCCAGCUGCCUGCUGCCUCGGGGCUAAAUUGGUGUUUCUUAGCAGUGAAAGAUAAGGCAGAUCUACAAAGUGUUGAAUUUCUGACAAUACGACAUAGAGUCACUCGAGGAGAGGCACCUUCAGCAUGGCCCAUAAAAGCCAAACUGAUGGAAUUGAGAAAAAUGGGUCACCUUCCUCCGUCCUGUACUGUAAGAGUGACUUAAAGGAAGGAUCCCUGCAGUGGGUGAAAGAACCCCUCAAUGGCCAGGUGCUCAUGGUGCUCAGCACGGACAACAACUGCUCAGCCACCUCCUUUGACAUGGAGCUUUGUGCAGAGAAACUGAAGUCCCUUGGGGUUCAGGUGGCAGCGGAUCAGUGGAGAAGGUUAAUCCAGGAUGCUGUCCUGAAGCCUGAAGUGAGACGGUACAUGUUCUACAACUCCAGGGUGUUCCAGAUAGCCAUGGCCGUGGUUUUCUACAUGGCUCUCUGGACAAACAUUUACUCCACAGUCCAGCUCUGUUCCUUCGGGCGCUACUGGGAGGCCAGCGUGCUGGUGACCCUGGCUGCCGUAGCAGUCACUGUGGUUGUGAUACUGGUUAUCGACCGCCGGCAGAGGAAGAUAAAUAUGAAUACAGAUGUGAGGCUGGCAGCUGUCAAUGAAAUCUUUAUCAAGCACGGUUUAAUACUGGGGAUUACCGAUGCCUUGGAUGGGCCACACAACAUCCUACAACUGUGGUUCGUGCACUUCAGCCCGGAGCGCUGCCUCCAGUCCUUGUCAGCCCACAUCACGGACCUGCAGAGGACGCGGGAGUCGGGCUUGCGGCACAGCCUGGACCAGCUCUGUGUGGUUAUGGAGGCGGUGGUUUGUCCCGACCCAGGGAUGGAGGAGGAGGCUUCGUGUGAAGAGUCCCCUCUGUUAUCCACUGGAGUGAACCUAAAUAAAGAGCCUGUGACAUGCAACGAGCUGCUCCACCUCAUUCCUGAGGGCCCACCAGAGGUGAUGGCCCGGCAGCUCCUCGUGGUCUUCAGUGGAUGCUACGUCCGGCUGCUGGUCACCGGCCGGCUCCCUCGGGCCAUGGCAGGGGGGCACCUGGAGCCCAGCGGUGUGCCCUGUCUCUGCCAGUUCAUCGAGAUCACUGUGCUCAACACACGCCAGAGCUGGUUCACAGGCAGGUGACCAGAGGGGCUGGAAAACACUGAAAUAAAAGCUGUCCAUAUGCAACAGUGUGAAGAAGCUGUGGGUCAGAGGAGAGGGCUGUAAUUGCUCAUCCUGGACUUAUCUGGAUGAACGAGUGGAAAUAUGACUCUAAUAAAAUGUGCAAGACACUCACCAGAAA